ACAAAAGGAGCGCGUCGGCUUCUCCGUGCGAGAAUGGAAAGGAAGAUGGAGGAGAACCCCGUGAAAGAUGCCGAUACUGGCAAUGAAGCUGGAGGUGAGGAAGCCUUGGUGGGAAAUGUCAGCAAGCUGACGCUGAGCCCACCAGGUUACUCAGGAAGUCCAAGAAAAGGACAUCUGGUUUUUGAUGCUUGCUUCGAGAGUGGGAACCUUGGCCGUGUUGACUACAUCAGCGAAUUUGAGUUUGACCUCUUCAUUCGGCCAGACACCUGCAAUCCCCGAUUCCGAGUGUGGUUCAACUUCACCGUGGAGAAUGUCCGAGAGACUCAGAGGGUGAUUUUCAAUGUAGUCAACUUCUCCAAGACCAAAAGCCUCUACCGAGACGGCAUGUCUCCUGUCGUAAAGUCCACCAGCAGGCCAAGAUGGCAGAGGCUUCCAGCCAAAAAUGUCUACUACUACCGCUGCCCGGACCACCGGCGCAAUUAUGUCAUGUCGUUUGCCUUCUGCUUCGACCGAGAGGACGACGUUUACCAGUUUGCCUACUGCUACCCUUACACCUACUCCAGAUUGCAGCACUACCUCGCCAACCUGGAGCGCAGGAACCUUCCCUACCUGCGGAGGGAGCAGCUGGGACUCAGCGUGCAACAACGACAGCUGGACCUGUUAACCAUCACCAAUUGUGAGCAGCGGAGUAGAGGAAGAGCGAAGAAGUUAGUGUUCCUCACGGCUCGCGUUCACCCCGGAGAGUCUCCGGCCUCGUUUGUCUGUCAAGGUUUGAUUGACUUCCUGGUGAGCCAGCAUCCUGUAGCUCAGCUCCUGAGAGAUUAUGUGAUCUUCAAAAUCGUCCCCAUGCUGAAUCCCGAUGGAGUGUAUCUUGGCAACUACAGGUGUUCACUGAUGGGUUUUGAUCUCAAUCGCCACUGGCAAGACCCCUCCCCAUGGGCACACCCCACACUUCAUCCUGUCAAACAACUCAUUUUGGAAAUGAGCCAAGACCCGAGCGUUAGCUUGGAGUUCUACAUUGACGUCCACGCUCACUCCACCAUGCUGAACGGCUUCAUGUACGGCAACGUGUUUGAGGACGAGGAGCGCGUCCAGAGACAGGCCGUCUUCCCCAGACUGCUGUGCCACAACGCGCACGACUUUUCCUUUUCCAACACGUCUUUUAACCGUGACGUGGUGAAGGCCGGCACUGGCAGACGUUUCCUCGGCGGUCUCCUUGACGACACGUCCUACUGCUACACUCUAGAGGUGUCUUUCUACAGCUACAUGACCUCUGGCAGCACGGUCCCCGUGGCCUACACCGAGGAGACAUACAUGAGGCUGGGUAUGAAUGUGGCUCGGACCUUCCUGGAUUACUACAAACUCAAUAACCUCAUCACUGACAAUGUGCCAAGUCACCUUCAAAGUUCUGAAGUGGCGUCUAAGUCAGACGGUGACGUGGUGGACAGAGAGAAAGAGAGAAGGCAGCAUGUCAGACACUAAAUGGACACAGACAGGAGGAGCCUUCACUCUUCAUCACUUUGAAGAUCGACAUCUUUAUGCCUCAGAGCAUAAAUGGACUAAAAAUAUCACAAUUCCCUCAAAAUUAUUUACUACAAAAUGUUUAUGUAUGAUUACAUGUGAAUGCAAGCAAGCCUACUACAGCUAUUUAAAUAUGCAAUGGGGUUUUUUUUUGUCUUAAUAUUAUACAUGUUUUCUCAUUGCAAUAAUUCCAGCAUUUGUAUAAAAGAAACAUUAAUGAGCGUUUGUAAAACAAUGCAAAACAAUGUAUUGUGUACAUAGUAAAAGGCUGUGUACAAUAACUCCUUAUAUAUUGCUCAAAGAUGAAUGUUCCAUAUUUUUAGUCCUAUUCAAACUUGAGGAUAAGGCAUCCCCUAUUUUAAGAGAAGGGAACCCUGAUCCAUGUUUUGUGUUCUGCCUUUCUCCAACACACUUGAUUCAAAUGAUCAGCAAGCUCAUCAGUAAGCUCUGUAGAAACCUCAAACGAUCUUUAAACAAACUAAUGCAAAAUGUAUUUAUUUUGUUGAACAUCUACGACGGAAAGUCGACCAGCUGCCCCAGGACAAUGCAACUAUGCAACAUAGUAAAAUAGUGUUUACCUUUGUUUUAAAGACUACGUAAAUUAUUAAUAUAACUGAAUCAUUUUAAGUAUAAAUAAAAGUACAGUACAUAUAAGUACUGUAGAUAAUUUUCAUUUGACUAUUAAAAUAAUGUCAAUACUGACAAAUGAGUGAACGUUUCCAAACAGUCUGUAAUAGUGUUAGCUUGUGAGUGAACGAUCCGUUCAAAUGAGCGAAUUCUUUCAGUGAACGAGAGUGAACGAAUCACUCGGGGGGUUCCGUCCAUAUGACUUCAACCACUAGGUGUCGGUAAUGCGGAUUGCGUUCGCGAACGAGUCAACGAGUAAACUGCCUUCCUUCCCCCGUGCAUCAACGGAUCAGUCAUCGGACAUGUUGCGUCUCCCUCCUGGCGUGAAAUAUGUAAACCAGAAUGUCGAUUUACGAUUUGCCAAGGAAAGAAAACCACUUCUUUUAUGCGCGUUUUCUCCAAGCUAACGGCUAACUUUAUUGCAUGAAGGGAUGCGCCGUUAUGCAACAACGGGGAGAUUAUGCUUCUCUUUGGGUAAUCUUGAUUUUAUAACACUUAUAGUAGUUUCUAAAUAACGUGUAUGCAUAUCAAAAGUCAAAGUCAGCUUUAUUGUCAAUCUCUCCACAUGUCACAACACACAAAGAGACCGAAAUUACGUUUUUCUCUAUCCCAUGGUGACGAGACACAUAACACGAUAGACAUACAAGUACGCGACACAAUAUAAAAACAAGAAGGCAGAAAUUCAAACAAUCAAUAGUAAGAGUGAUGAAUAAAUAAUAAAUAAACAGAUAACACAAUAUAUAUAUUCGCCUAAAUAUUGUUAUCCAAUGUAUCUACUGCAAUUUCACAUUAGAUUGCUGGUUUGAAAUGUACUUUUAUUAUUAUUAUUUUAAUAAACAUUAAAAAUCUGUUCAAA